AUGGCUUUCACGCGGAAACAGAUCGUGACUGCUAUCAGCGUUGUCUACCUCCUCAUCCCAACCAUCCUCGCCGCCUACGCCCUCCGCAGCUCCCACACCUACUCCCUCCCCAUCCCCGACGUCAUCUCCGCCCUCGCAAUCGCCCUCCCACCCCUCGCCGGCAUCGCGCUCGAAAUCGUCCUCGCCAUCAACGAAGGCCUCGCUGCCAAAGGCCAGCUGCAAACCUCCCGCAUCUUCCAGAUCGUCAUCGCCUUCUUCCUUGUCUACGAGAGCGUGCUCGCUACGUUAGCGGGCACGCAUAUCUCGCCUCCAGGGUCUUUGGAUUGCGCGUUGAGGGAGACGUGGGAGAAGUUGUUUCGUAAGAAGGACGCGGCGUGUGUGAGACGGAUACAGGAUGCAUUUCAGUGCUGUGGGUAUGCGAGUGUCAAGGAUAUGGCGUGGCCGUUUGUGGAUGCUGGGCAUGACGCUAAUGCGUGUGUGGUGAGGUAUGAGGAGAGGGGAAGGAGUUGCGCGGAUCCCUGGAGAGGGGAGGAGAGGAAGGUGGCGAUUAUGCUGUUGGUGGUGCCGUUGAUGGUGUUUGUGUGGAAGGUAUGGCUAUCGAUGAAGAUAUGCAAAGUGGAGUGUAUUGGCUAA